CUCAUCCUCAACGUCGACGGCUGCAUCGCCGUCUGCUUCGUUGACCUCCCGCGCGACUCCGGCGCCCUCACCCCUGAAGAAGCCGACGAAUACUUCAAGAUCAGGACGUUCAACGGGCUCGUCGUCCUAAGCCGCAGCAUCGCUUUCACCGGGCACCAUCUCAACCAGAAGAGGCUCCGUGCGCCGCUUUACAGAUACCCUGCGGGUGGUAUUUUCAUUUAUAUUGCGAAUUUGAGUCAGCCGAGGGUGUUGGGGAAGAUGCAGCAAGCGUCGUUGCGUUGA